AUGGUGGCAAAUUUAUCAAUUUAUUUGGUGUUUGCAUUGGUGGUGUUACCAUACUAUCCUAUUUUGUGUCAAGAUAAUGAAUGGCAAAGUCUAAUAGACCAAGCACACGAAUAUGGUGUUUCUCAAGAAACAAUUGAUGGAGCUCAAAAUUAUAUUGGAAAUAGUUCUAUGGAAGAGGUUACUGAGGAAGCUUUGCGUGACGGAUCAUUGGCUGAUUGGGUUCUAGAAGCAACUGAGGAUGAAGACAAUGAAAGCAAACCACCACCAGUAGAUGCAUCAACAAAUUUACCUAGUGAUGUAGAGAACUCACCAAAUUUGGCUCCAAAUUUUCCUCCAAAUUUGGCUCCAAAUUUUUCUCCAAAUUCGGCUCCAAGUUUUUCUCCAAAUGCAGGACCUGAACUAGCACCAAAUAAUGCACCUUUUAGUGCACCAUCACCUGCCCCUUAUGCAGAAUCUCCCAAAGCAUGA